CCGAGGCAAGGCAAUGUGGACUGUAUUAACUUUGAUGUGGGCAAUGGCCAUAGCUGUGGGAUCUGUCCGCCUGAUACUGUGAAGCUUUGACUAAAUGGCUGUAGGUGUCGGGCUUUGCUAUCCACCGGGGGAAUGAAGCACGGAGUGCAUUGGUAUGUGCGAGGUCAUGGACGGGAAUAGCCAACAACGCAUUACUGACGAUGUCCAAGGAGACCCGGCCCAUCCUAUCCCACAGCGGUCAACCCGACACUGUCAACCCUUCUACGGGGCAUGGUAUGUGAUGCCCGGUCAAACUUGCACUGCUGGAAGAUGUGUAUGCUAAGAUGCGACCUAGAAGGAUCGACGAUGUUGCUGAACCGAAGGCGUAUGCACCAUUGGCAUCGACACCGAGCCCGGUGUCUGUAGAGCAAGACCCAUAAUGUGCCCCCAGAUGGCCCGCUCAGUUGACCAACCGACCAUGGUAUUGACCGCCGAAUCUGACGAACGAGCCAACAUGCAAGUAACCAGGGUCUAUUGCUGGAUUUCACCGAGAUGGGCAAUACCGCUUUGAUGAGAACUGCCACGGCCCACAUAGAAAACGCGAGGGGGUGUGAAAGGGAAGGUCUGGCCAAAUUCCUUUUAUCGAGUAGUUUAAAACACAUAUCACAUACCUUGACGAGCUCUCGGUUCCCGGGUACGACAAAGUCCAUGCGAUGAGGCACGUCGUUAUAAGAGCCAGCGAUCAUUGCUACCUGUGCCGAUGGACCUCGUCCGCCGAUUAAUGUGCGCUGGGAGCCAUGUCCAGCCGUAGACGUGAGGUCGCGGGCCGCACGAUGUGGUUUGAGGGCGAGGAAUCACCACCUGUCCAAACACCGGAGGUGCGCACAAACGUCCAUCCCGACACGGUAUUGGCCGGACUCUCCAACCAUUUCGGAUCGAAGACGUCCUCGUACGAACCCACAUACACCCCUCGUGAAAUUCCGACGAACAACCCGUGGCAGACAUACAAACCAUGUGCUCGCACCGUCUACGGAGAACACAUGGUUCUGGCCCAGCAUCGACAACGUAAAGCGGAAUUUGUUCAUAUUCAGGAUGAUGGCACGGAACGACCAAUCGUAAGUUCUUGGGUUCAAGCACUGGAUCAAAACGCCCACCGCAGCUUCCGCCGCCUUGUGGAUGUCAUGCAGCAUCACCAGCGCUACUUUUUGAUAUGGGAGCCGAUCGAAUUUUCCGUCAGUGAGGUUCUGGCAUCAACAUGCGAGAUCUCAGAAAGCGAGAUAGUGCAGAUUAUCAGGCCCGUCCUGGAGGGUAUCGCCUUCCUUCACAGUCAGGGCAGGGUCCUGCAGAGCCUGGCACCUCGAGACAUACUCGUCACUGCAAGCGGUGAAGUAAAGAUCGCCGGCGUGGAGCACAGCCGCGAGUGCGACACUUCCCCAUCUGAUGCAGCGGCUCCGCACCUGGCUGCACUCGUGAUGAUUGCUACGAAAUUGAUGGAGAAGAAUAGAACCGCUUUUCCCUGGAGCCUGCAUGCACAGGAAUUCUCGACAAUGGCGGUUGGCAACCCGUUCGUGAACCCUGUGGACGCUUUGUUAAAACAUCCUUUUCUUCAUCCUUCAACGGGCCAAGAAGGGCUUUGGCUUCUCAUCAGCGUGGCCAACAAAACUGCCUAUCAUGCAGUCAUGUCCCUACGUGACUGGGCAUGGCAUAACCGGCUCGGCUUGCGGAUCGACCCGAACGAAGUCCGCUUGCAGCCAGCUCCACAGGACGGAUAUGUCUGGUCCGUUACCGACUCCAAGGCGCAUCUUCUGGAGACGCCCCUGAGCAAUGGAACUGUUGGUCUCUAUGAGGAGAUAUGCCGUGAGCUUGGACAUUCGCUCGAAGCCGUCCGUCCGGCAGUUCUGCAAGCGGACCACGAUGAUCUGGAAAAGACGUCUAAUGGCGAUGGCCGUCUCGACCCGUGGCAUAUGUCACACAGUGUUUCAAGACUGAUGGAAAUGAUUGGGCAGACCGAAAAUGAACCGGUCCCGACGCCUGAAGACGAUUCCUUUACCGCGAGUAUUCAACGCUUGGAGCAGGAGAAUCAGCAACUCGAUGACGAGAACGAGCGUCUUCGUGAUCUAUUCAUGGAGUUCAAGUCCUAA